AUGCUCGCCUCUGCGACAGAGGUGGAGGUGGAGUUGCACGUGCCGGACGACGUGUCGACCUUCUUUGGCGUCACUUGGGCGCAGGACCCACGGAAAAAUAAGAUCUUCAUCAAGGCCUUCCCUCGAGGCCCCAACGGCCGGAGGGGGAUACUGGAGUCGACGGGCCUGGUCGAGCUGGACGACUGCCUCACGGCCAUCAACGGAGUUUCUGUCGACAAGUCCAGCGCCCUCCACGAGGUAAUGGCGAGCAUCCGCGCGGCGGAGUCUCCCCUGUCCCUCCGGUUCGCGCGGUACCCCCCCCCGCCCCUGCAGCGCUGCUCUCCAUCCUCCUCCCUGUCGUCGCCGUCCUUGUUCUCCCCCUCCCCCUCGGCGCCCCCUCCGGUGGGAGGGGGGUUAGGGGGACCGCCGUCUUACCCCUCCACCGACUCCCUUAGCAACGGCGGCGGCGGCGGCGGCGGCGGUAGCAUCGGCCGUCAUAUAGGUGCCGGAAAGAGCACUGGAGGCAGCAGCGGCGGUGGCUCGGGCGGCCUCGACAGCGCCGCAAGGGCAGGGGGAGGAGGAGGAGGAGGAGGAGCUGGAAGCGAAGAGAGAAGAGACGCGGCGGAUCCCGAUCUUGACGCCGUUCUCAACAGCGCGCUGGUACUCGGGCUCGGGGAACGGGUUGCGGACAUCCAGAAGCGAAAUUCGCGGCUGCUGCAGGAGGUGGACCGCAUCGGGCGAGCGGCUGCGGACAAGCGGCAGGGGGUGGAGAGGGUCGCGUCCGCGGCGGCUUCGCUGACGGCGGCGGGGUCGGACCUCCUCCCUCGGCGCGCUCUCCGGUUGCUCUCGGCCGCUAGGCAGGACGCCGUGGCUCUCUGCGAGGCGAUGGCGCGGCUGGACGAGCUGCUGGCGGCGAGGGAGAGGGCGCAGCUGGCCAGGCGGCGGGCUCUCGAGGAGGAGGAGGAGGAGGAGGAGGAGGAGGAGGGCGGGAGAGAGGCGGGAGGGAUGAUGUCUUCAAGGGGAGGAGGUGGUGAAGAAGGGGGGCGACCGAGACGAUAGCAGCAGCAGAACAGCAGCUGCUGCUUUUGCUUCGGGGUAAAGACGGUGGCGGUGGUGCUCAAGGAGGGAAGGUUGCGUACAAACUGGAGUUUAACGGCCCUCAGUCGGGAUAUGACGGCUCCAUGGGACGGUUGCUGGUGCCUCGGCGAUUCGCGCAGGUGGUGGUGGUUUUGGGUGGAGCAUGUAGUUGUCGUGGUGUCUUGCCUGUAGUGGUAGUGGUGGUGGUGGUGGUGGUGGUGGUGGUGGUGGUGGUGGUGGAGAUGUCAUGGUCAAUUGCAUUUAUCGAAGACGUGGCCAUGAGUGUGGUCGUGAGGUGGCUGGUGGGCAACCGGGAGAGGAGAGCGGGGGGUUAGUUGGGGUCAUCUGCUAAUAGACUUAAUAGACUUGCCGCGGGUUGUGGCCGAAGUGCCGUAUUCCCGAGGGUACAUAGCAUCCAGUACGUAGCUUUUCCCGUCGUGGGAUUAGCCGUGGUGUUUGCUCCUUUUUCUUGUAUUGGUUCGCUUCCUCUGCUUUACAGUUCGGGCCGUUGAGCCUCCUUCCUUGUGUUGGUACGUGGGCAUUUCUUGUGUACUGUUGCCUUAGCGAUUUGACCUAUAGUCUACACGGAAGCUGAACCUGAAGAAAUACUGCUGUGCAUCCGCCAUGCGCGUUAAUUUUUGUGCAAUACUGUGCGUUGCCUGUACGUUGGCUCUCUUGGCAACGAGGCGCUUGCAUGAGGUAUUCGCCACGCCGUGGGCAGAGCCGUAGUUCAUUGGAUGUAUCUUAGGCGUACACGAUACGAUGUGUUAGCACGUCGUGAUUUAGCGACAUUCGCGGUGCAUGUAGGUGAUGAGUUUACUCGCGUUCGACGAAGUACAUUUUGUGUUGUCUUCCGGGUCUGGUCAACUGACGCGGACGCUUUCCGCGGUAACAGGCCAGCUACCUGUACUGAAAAUUGAAGCCAUAGGAGAUUUGGCCUCGAACGCAUCCGUAUACGGCAGUACUGAUUUUCUAGAAUAUGUACUUCGAAAUGUCUUGUAUCAAGUCAGGUUCACUUUGAACAUAUCGCACUCAAUCGUAAUGCAUGUUUGGCGAAGAUUGUGCGUCUUUCUGUGUAACGGGGCUUUUAGCAUUUUUGUGUCCGGGAGUCUGGUGUUUCCUUUUCCGCAAACGCGCCUGUUUCUCUGGUUCCUUUGAGCAGGGGCCGUGCGUGUCUGCCAGCUUGCUUGUGCUUUCCACGCCACGGAACGAGCUCCUUGUUCUCGUCCGACGACGCCAACAUGAUGGCCUUGCGUUCUUCCCGGUUGUGUCUGAUGUUCGGUUUCCUUUUUUGGGCCCCCUGCCGCCCUGAGUCUGACUUAAACU